UUUUUUUUUUUCGCAACAAAAUGCUCAGAAACUGUUUCCGCACCACCCGGGCCUUGGGGUUGACUCGCCCGGGCCAGAUACCUGCGCUCCGCUCCGCAGGCCUUGCCAUGCGCUUCAACUCGACCGCUCCGGUGUCGGAGAUCAAGACGCAGUUGACUGCGUUUGACAAGGUCCAGGAGGCCGCUGAAGCCGUGGGUGGCAUGACUUCCGAUCAGAUCGGGUACUUGGACUCUAUUGGACUUGCAAAGUCGUGGGUCUGGCCGCCAGACUUGAUCCAGAACAUCUUGGAGUGCGUGCACGUGUACUCGGGGAUGCCGUGGUGGGCCACCAUUGUGGCAACAACUAUUGGGCUUAGAUUGGCACUUUUCCCUUUGUACAUCAAGUCGUCCGAUAUGAUGGCCAGGAUGUCGAAGAUUAAGCCGCAGAUGGAUCAGUUGCUCGUGGAUAUCAAGGAGGCAAAGACCACCAUGGAGCAGCAGAAGGUGGCGUUGAGACGUAAGAAGUUGUUGCAGUCUGAGGGUAUCAAGCAGAGAUUCAUGAUGGUGCCGUUCUUGCAGCUUCCACUUGCUAUUGGUUUCUUCACCGGCCUCCGCCACAUGGCUAACUACCCGGUCCAGGGCUUCUCUGACCAGGGUAUAUUGUGGUUUACCGAUUUGACCGCCCCGGACCCAUACGUCGCCUUGCAAGUCAUCUCUGCCGCCUGUUUCGCUGGUUUUGUGCAGUUGGGCGGUGAACUCGGGAGCAACGGCCAGAUGAAGCCGUUUAUGAAGAAGAUCAUGACCAUCAUGCCUAUCUUGUCCAUCCCGUUGACUAUGAACCUUGCGUCUGCAAUCAUCGUUUACUUCUUCACCAACGCGUUGUUCUCCAUCACCCAGACCAUGCUUAUCAAGUUCAAGCCGUUCCGUAAAGCGCUCGGCUUGGCGGAGUUUGUUCCGCCGCCAGCGGUAGAGGCUGCCAAGGCCAAGAAUCAGACCUUCAUGGAGAGCGUCAGAGAGACCUUCCAGGAACAGAAGGAAAAGGCCGAGAAAAAGGCCGAGAGGGCGUUGUUGAUGAAGGACCAGGCUGAUGCCAACAAGAAGAGGGUUGCCCAGGCGAAGGCGUCGUCCCAGUACGCCCAGAUCAUCAACAAGCCAAGACAGCAGGCCAAGAAAUAGGCAUUUAGCUAAUCACUUGUACAUACAAUUAUAUUUACCAAAGUUCAGAUUAACUGCAGGCUAUACGUAAGGUUUAAAGCACAACAAGUAUGAGCUUGAAAUCCGCUUGUGCUUCAAACAUCCUAUUUGGAAGGAAUAACAUGCACCCUUAGA